AGUGAACGUUCCUCCACUUAGGAAAAUGCAGAUGAGUGCCCGUGGAUCUCCAAAACUUUUUAUUCUCACACAAGUUUCUUUUUGAAUCAUCAGGAAGACCGACAGGACCCGGAGCAGCACAGACUGUUUACCUGAGAUAUUAAGAUGAGCGCAGACACGGUGGAACAGUCGGAGGCUCCAGGUGAACAGGCAGACCAAAAUGGACUCAACUUCAGUCGACACAUAAAGACAGAGAACAUCCACGACACACCUCACCUAGGCUCACUGAAGACAUGUCACCUGACACAGAGCUCCCAGUUGCCUGGAGGUCAGCUGCCUGGGGAGCUCACGUCUCUCCACACCAUGCAGGGGCUGGUUCUGAUGCAGCAGUCCCACCUGUCAUCUCCCUCCCCCUUCCUGCUCUCCCAGAGCCCCAACAACCACCAAGCUAUACUGCAGCAGAACCUGCUGUCACUUCCCAGCCAUAGUCAAACUGGUCUUCUUCAGCACCAAUCUGGACUGACUCUUACUCCACAGGCCAUGAGUCGCUCUGGUCUGGUGGGAACGUCCAUGGAGAACCACAUGGACAUGUCUCACCUGCAGAUGCCUAAACACUUGUCACUACCACUGCAGGAGGAACCCAGUGAUCUGGAGGAACUGGAACAGUUUGCGAAAGCAUUCAAACAAAGACGCAUCAAACUGGGCUUCACUCAGGGAGAUGUGGGCCUCGCGAUGGGGAAACUGUACGGCAACGACUUCAGCCAAACCACGAUCUCUCGCUUCGAGGCUCUAAACCUGAGCUUCAAGAACAUGUGCAAGCUCAAACCACUGCUGGAGAAAUGGCUGAGUGACGCAGAGAACUCCCCCUCUGACUCGAUGAGUAACCACACCUCUCUGCCGCCCUUGAUGGAGGGAUACGGCCGCAAACGGAAAAAGAGGACAAGCAUCGAAACGAACAUCAAGCUGACUCUGGAGAAACGGUUCCUUGAUAACCCUAAGCCCAACUCGGAGGAGAUAACCCUGAUCUCAGAGCAGCUGGCCAUGGAGAAAGAGGUGGUUCGAGUUUGGUUCUGUAAUCGUCGUCAGAAGGAGAAGAGGAUCUACUGCCCGGUGACCAGUUUACCUGUCAAGUCGCACAACUACAACUCCAGAAUGACCUCAGCAUCCAGAUCCUACAGCCCUCUGACUUCAGGUGGUGUUUCCUCAAAUUCGUCUCCAAACAGUUUAAGUCGUGAAGCUUCUCCCAACGGCCUGUCCUCGGUCUCAGGAUCUUUAUCGUCUCAGGUGAACCCAGCUUCCUACAGCACGCCAGGCUCCUGGUACCGCUCCUGGAAUCAUGCUGCGUAUCAUCACUGAAAAACACGAACUGCAUCACAUGAAGCUUUUCAAGAUCCUUAUUUGUUUUGUUUUGUUUUUUCAAGAGAGAGGGGGCUGUACACUGACGAUUUGACAAAGUAACACAGUAUCCCUCUGAACAGGGUUACAGCUACAGGCUUAAACGUUAGAUGGACACGUAAGACAAGAGAAGUGCAACAACAACACCACACUUCUGUCAACACUCACGCUCUAGCUCACGCUCGCUCUGAAAGCCUCCGGCUGUUUGAUUUGUGUUCAUGUGACUCUGUGCUCAGAUCAGCCACAAAGAUGAAGAACACACAGAAAAGCGCAGAAUGAGAACGCUGCUGGGAAUUGUCUCCUUCAGGUCUUAAUGGUUAUGGCUUGAAUUUGCAACUGUCACUUAAUCUGUUUGAAUGUUGAAGGAUUCAAGUCCAGAGUUCAGUGCCUGUCUGAAAGCAGCCUCUGUGCCAAUAUGCUCCGUAGGUUCUCUACAAUGAUGCUCUUGUUACUGUUAUGAUGUGUUGUUAUGUUCGUGUUGUAGUGGUGUGUUAGCAAUUAUGAUGCAAUCCUUUACUGCGUACUGCCGGCCUCAGUAAGAAAAUAUUUACUUAUGCAAAAAUAUCUAAACAAUAGGAUUAAAUAGAUUUUUCAUCUGUUCCUGACGGGUGUAAAAAAGAUCUCUGAGUGACCGAUGUUAUACACCAUCAAUAACUCCAAUACGCAUUACUCUAAUUUAUUAAAACUUAAGCUUUGGUUUUUAGCAUCAGUUGUAAUACCACUGUACUCACCAAAGUAAUUGUUCAAUUAAGAGAAAAUGCAAAUAGGGGCAGGAAACAUGAUCAGAUAAGAAAACUGUGUGUGCACGACCAGGCAUUCACAGCAUGUUACAGUUGAACCAGGAAGUCAGUCUCUACAUUGAAACCACAUGUUUACAACUGUCACAAUUUAGUUUAUUUAUUUAUUUAGAUUUUCUUUCUGCCAAAUACAAUUGUCUAAUUUAAGAUUUUGUUUACAAGUUGUCUGAUCGUGUCUCUUGUUCCCACAAGAUAAAAAAAGAAAUCAUCCUAUGGGACGCCGUAGAUUUCACUCAGGUCACUCAACAGUUUGCUCUUUGUCACCUGCAGAGAAUACCAGGUUAAAAGCUUCUAAUGUUAUAUAUUUUCACUAUCGUCAACAAAUCUCAUGAAAAACUAAUUUCCUAUAACAGCCGAUCACUGUUGCUAAAAGCAAACAAUUUUCAAACGGGAGCAAACUUUUUGUUGGGGACUAUUUUCCGCUGUGGAUGAAUACACGUGUUUGUUCUAGUGAGUAUUUCUGGCCGGUUGGUGUAUGUGGGACUGGCUCAAAGUACACGUCUAAAGCCAUAUUUGUAGUAAUGAAUAAAAGCAUAAUUGCGUUAUCUGUUUUCUUCUACACAGACAAUACAUGCAAGAAGUAUCAGUUAAUUUUGGGGUUUGUUGUUUUCAUGUUAUUUACUGAUUGUGAGAAAAAUAUUGACGCCGCUCAGAGACGUCUCCUGUUGACCUCUGCUGGUCAAACCCAGAGCUUCUGAUGGAGGCUUCUCUUUCGUUUAACACAGAGACUCAUCAAACUUCUUUCAGAUGUUAAGUCCAGGUUUGGCUGCUCUUAUUUGUUUGGUUGUUUAUUUACCUUUUGCUAAAUACAUUUUUGUUCUGUGUGUCCUUUGUAUAUUUUGUUUUAUUUUAGAAAAACGUUUUGCAGUGAUAAGGAACUCUGAGCUGAGAGACUUGUGAAAUGUAGUCAUCUAAUAAAACCACUAUAAAUAUAAUGUUAUAUAAUGUUAUGUUUUGACUGAUGUAAGUGGAACCAGCGCCACCCUCUGAGUCUCAGGGAAUCAUUUGUGUUUGACUCUUAAUUCCAGGGACCAUAAUAAACUUGUUUUCACUGUCAUUAAACAGAAGGUGUGUGUCCUGGGUUUGACGUUCUUUCUUUGAAACGAUGCAUAUAACGAAAUCAAACUGUUGCUUUCUGUGCCGAGGACCACCUGACAAACAUGUUUACUUCAACAUGAAGAGAUUAUAUUCAACAAAAUAGUUUUAGAAAGUCUUGAUGAAAACUUUUGUCUAAACUUCUAAAAGAUUUUGUUGUAUAACUGUGUUUUGAAAGAAACCUUUACCUCAAUAAAAGUAUGA